AUGACACUUAUGGGCUUAUUUCUCUUCUGUAUGCUGAUGAACAUGCUCACAGAUGCCCGAUCAAUCCAGAAUGGAGAUGAUCCCUACCAGGAAUCGGCAGCCUUGCUGUACUGGCCCUUCUCGUCCAGCGAUUUCUGGUCCUAUGUGGAGUACUUCCGGAACCUGGGAGCCUACAACAGGAUCGAUGAAAUGGCCAGAGCCUUCUUUUCCCAGUUCCCUUUUGGGAGCCACCUUGGCUACCAUGUGCCCAACCACGAGCACUAA